GGAAGUAUUUGCUUGAGAAAGUUGAGACAACUUUGUCUGUUGAGCACAGAAUUACUUAGAUUUUUAUUCUUUGUGAUUAUCUGAUAACCCUUACAGGUCAGCAGUUUCCUGAUUUCCUGAACAGCGUGAUUCAUCAUGAAGCUGGAGGUGCCAAACAGCUUUGAAGAUGUUGCUGUUGAGUUUUCAAGUGAGGAGUGGAAGAUGCUGAGUGAACAGGACAAAGAGUUACACCGGGAGGUGAUGGUACAGAACUAUGAGAACAUGGUUUCUUUAGGUUAUAACAUCCCGUUGCUUGAACUUUUGUUACUUAUUGAGAAAGAUGAAACAAUUCAAUCUGCUGAGGCUGAAGGAAGGACAACACUGCAACAAAGGCAACGUCCUGGUAACAGAACCAGUAUCAGCAGGAAUGGAAACUUCGGUGUCAUCCAGAGUCUGCAGUUAUCCUAUGGGAAACUCUGGGAUGAAGGAUGUGACAGAGCUCUGCCUGAUGAGAUGUUUAUUACAAGGCAAGACCCAGUGAAGAUAGAAACCAGACGUGAGAACUGUGGGCAAAGUAAUGAGGAAAUUGUCAUGAAAAGUGAAUCAGAAAAGCAUCUGCACACUGAAGCAGAGGAAAUGCCAUGCAGCUGGCUUAACCAUAGCAACACUGCAACAUUUUAUAGUAAUAACGUAACUGAUCAUCUAAGUGACAGUGGGGAAAGGCAAAAGAAUACCCCCCCAACACAUAAACAAACACUCAUUAGGCAGGAUUUGGUUAAAAGUGUUAUGAAUGUCAAAGGUUUUACAGGUAGAAAAAAAGUAGCACUACAGAAGGUCAUCCAUACUGGUCAGAAUAUCCAUACUGGUCAGAAUCCCUUUACCACAUGUGACAAAAGUUUUACACAGAAUAAUGACAUGGAAGUACUUCAGAAUGUCCACAUUCGACAAAAGGAUCAUCAGAGUAGCCACACUAGCCUAACAGCCUGUAAAUGUACCACAUGUGACAAGAGUUUUGCGCACAAAGAUAGCAUGUUGAAACAUCAGAUACAAUGUGGUCAGAAACCAUAUAAAUGCACCAUGUGUGAAAAGAGAUUUGCAUACAAAAACAGUAUGGUGACUCAUCAGAGGCUCCACAGUGGGCAGAAGCCAUAUAAAUGCAGUGUGUGUGACAAGAGUUUUGUAGAGAAGAAGUGUUUGACGAGACAUCAAUAUAGCCACAGUGGACAGAAGCCAUAUAAAUGUACAAUUUGUGACAAGAGUUUUGUGCUUAAGAAUCAACUAGUACACCAUCAGAACAUGCAUACAGGGAAGAAACCAUAUAAAUGCACUAUGUGUGACAAGAGUUUUGUACAGAAGAUUCAUAUGGUGACACAUCAAUAUAUCCAUACUGGGCAGAAGCCAUAUAAAUGCACUUUGUGUGACAAGAGUUUUGUGCAUAAGAGUCACCUGGUAUACCAUCAGAACAUGCAUACAGGGCAGAAACCAUAUAAAUGUACCACGUGUGACAAGUGUUUUGCAUACAAAAACAGUAUGGUGAUUCAUCAAAGGCUCCACAGUGGGCAGAAGCCAUGUAAAUGCACUGUGUGUGACAAGAGUUUUGUGUGGAAGAGUCAACUGGUAGUUCAUCAAAAGAUGCACUCUGAACCAAAACCAUAUAAAUGUAUGACGUGUGACAAGAGUUUUUUUAAUAAAUGUCAAUUGGUGACACACCAAUAUAUCCAUAGUGGGCAGAGGCCUUAUAAAUGUACAAUCUGUGACAAGAGUUUUGUAUGUAAGAAUAUCCUGGUGAUACAUCAAUAUUCCCAUAGUGGGCAGAAGCCAUAUAAAUGCACCACGUGUCAUAAGAGUUUUGUAUGGAAUAACACGUUCAUAAAAGUGCGAAGCCUAAACCGUAUUAUAAAAGAUGCACUUGAAUAA